UUUUUUUUUUGAAGAUAGUUCUAUUAAAGACUUUGCGACAGUUUACAAAAACAGAAACUGAAACCAGUGAAAGCUAACUCUCAGCUUCAAUCUUCGAAUUCUCUGCAAAAAAAAAACAGAGGAAUUUUGCUUCCUUUUGCGCUGGUCUAAUUAUCGAGCUCAUGCUUAGUUGAAGCUGAAAUUAAAGUUUCAAAUGUGAUUCUGAGCUGGUGUUGCAGUUGUGGAUGAUAAAAGGGUUGAACAAGUUGAUUUGAGAGUUCAGAGGGAUGAUUCUUUCUGCACUUGUAACCUCAGUGGGCAUAAACACAGCUCUGUGUUUCAUUUUUCUCAUUCUCUAUACUAUACUGAGAAACCGUCCAAGUAAUGCUGCACUAUAUUUACCACGCUUGGUUGCUGAAGGGAAUCUUCGAGAGGGCAAUGUACUUGGCUUGCGAAAGUGCUUAUCUUCUUUCAGUUGGGUGAAAAGAGCAUGGGAGGCUACUGAAGCCGAGCUUUUAGAAAAUUCCGGAUUGGAUGCUGUGGUGUUCAUGCGCAUUUUUGUAUUCGAGCUUAGAGUAUUUCAAUUUGCUACAAUUAUUGGAAUAUUCAUUCUUCUUCCAUUCAAUUAUAUGGGGAACCAGCUAGAUAUUGACUUUACUGACUUAGCAAACAAGUCGCUGGAAACCUUCAGCAUUUCUAAUGUCGAUGAUGGUUCAAACAGGUUGUGGAUACACUUCACUGCUGUUUAUAUAUUCACAGCUGUCGUCUGUUAUCUUCUUUACUCUGAAUAUGACGAUAUUGCAGCAUUGCGGAUUUCUUCCUUCUAUUCGUCAAAACCUCAGCCCAAACAGUUCACUGUUUUAGUUCGGAGUAUCCCUGUCACUUCUGAGAAGACCUUCAGUGAUAGUGUUGGGAGCUUUUUUAGUGAAUGUUAUCCAUCCACCUAUCUUUCCCAUUCGGUAAUUCAUCGAACAGACAAACUGAAAGGGCUAAUUAACGAGGCAGACAAGGUCUACAAGGGACUUGUUCAUCUGAAAUCAGAGGUCUCUGCACAGAAAAUUUUCAACAGAGAAGGUUGUUUUGGCAUUUUUGGGCAAAAAUCCGAACCUGUAGAUCAGUAUGACAAGGAUGUAGAAGAUGUGGAGCGUAAUAUGAGUGCAGAACAAUUUUCUCUUAUUGGAGAGGCAGUUCCAGCUGCAUUUGUAUCUUUCAAGUCUCGUUUUAGCGCGGCAAUAGUUUCACACCUCCAGCAAGGGGUUAAUCCCACAGAUUGGCAAACUGAGCCUGCUCCCGAUCCCCAAGAUGUAUAUUGGCCCUUCUUUUCUGCAUCAUUCAUUACAAGAUGGAUGUGCAGUGUUAUUGUUAUUUUUGCAUGUCUUAUUAUAACCAUCUUGUUCCUUGUACCUGUUUUCAUAGCCCAAGGGCUUACUAAUUUGACUCAGUUGGAGACCAUGCUGCCCUUUUUGAGUGGCAUAUUAAGGAUGAAAAUCGUCACCCAAGUGGUUACAGGAUAUCUCCCGAGUCUCAUCCUUGAGAUAUUUUUAGUUUUAGUGCCACCAGUCAUGAUUGUGCUCUCUUCCAUGCAAGGACACGUUGCCCUUAGUCAGAUUGAGAAAAGUGCGUGCAUCAAAAUGUUAUGGUUCACCAUUUGGAACAUCUUCUUUGCCAAUGUGCUAUCUGGAUCAGCCCUAUACAGGCUGGGCAUUAUUCUGGAGCCUAAAAAAUUUACUGAACUAUUAGCAGUGUCUGUUCCUGGACAGGCCUCAUUCUUCAUCGCAUAUGUUGUGACAUCUGGAUGGACCGUUAUAUUUUGUAUAGAACUUUUCCGGCUAAAGUUCCUCAUUUUUAGAAUUCUGAAAGGAGCUUUGUGUUGCUGUUCUAAUGAAGAUGAGUUCAUUUCCAAUCCAUAUCACAAACAAAUCCCCAGGAUUCUCUUUUUCAGCCUUCUUGGUAUAAUAUACUUCUUCCUCUCACCCCUCAUCCUGCCAUUUGUAAUGAUUUUCUAUGGCCUCGGAUAUAUCAUCUACCGUAACCAACUAUUGAAUGUGUAUAUACCAAAGUAUGAAACUGGCGGAAAGUUUUGGCCCGUUGUUCAUGAUGCAACAAUAGUUUUCCUAAUAUUGAUGCAUGUUAUCGCCAUUGGGGUAUUUGCUGUGAAGAAAGUUCAUUUUGCUUCAACCUUAACAGUUCCUCUUCCAAUUCUCACUUUGUUAUUCAAUAGUUAUUGCCAGAAACGGUUCUUACCAAGCUUCAAAGGUUACCCCGCUGAGUGCUUGAUUAACAAGGAUCGGCUCGAUCUUAAUGACCCCUCAAUAUCUUCUUUCUAUGAGAGACUAGCCACUGCCUAUGAAGAUCCCGCUAUGGAGGCAGGCAGAGAUUAUCUAGCCGGUGAAACUAGUGCAACUACUCCUCUUCUGCGUGAUGUCUCUGAAGUCUAACGUUGUCUCUUCUUACCACGAGCUAGUGAGAGAGAUUUGUAGGCCUAAUUUAUGUAGAGCAGAGUAUAUGGUGCAGGCUGAGUUAAUCAUCUCUUUUGAAAUGGCUUUUCUCUCUUUGAUUUCUGAACGUACACACUGAUAUGUCUUUCUACUGUCUGUCUGUAUAAAAAUUGUAUACAUGCUUUUGGUUUUAUACGAUUAUAUUAUACAUGUGGUUUCACUUUGGUUAUGCUGGAAA